AUGAGAAGACAGUCUGAGCAGUGUUCACGAAUCGUGGCGGGUACCUAUGAUACAGUCGCCGAGUUGCCUCGGCGUUCAAUUUCUAUUCAAAACUACCCAUCCUUUUACACGGGGCAUAAGGAUCAGAGAGCCGAAUUUCAACAGUUCCAAUAUCCACAAUCGUCAAAUGGUCGGCAGGGAAACUUCUAUGAGAACACUACCGUUUCUGCACCAAUUUACGAGCCAAAGAGAGAGUUUUCACCUCCACGUUUAGAUUCUCCAAUGAAUACAAACUUCACUAUGUUUGCCAAACCAUUUUCCAAUCAUCAAUCAAACCAACAAUCGGAACAACACCAAUCGUUUUACUCUCAACAAGGUUUUUCUCAGCCUCCACCUUUUGCAAACGAACCCUACUGGCAUCAAUACAACAAUAAUAAUAAUAAUAACAAUAAUAAUAAUAAUAAUUAUAAUAAUAAUAACAAUUUUAGACCCUCCAGCUCAUAUAAGUUUGAUAGACGGAAAAUCAGCGUACAUGAAAACUUCUAUAACUACUCCAAUCCAUACGAACAACGGGCAAGACAUACAACCACAAAUGGAGAAGUUUCUGAUUUUAAACCUCCGACAAAUAAAACCUCGUCUCAUAGCGAUGCUAAUCAAUGGGUUCCACCUAACUCGAAUUCGCAACGUAAACUCUCAAUGCCGGAACCUCAGACGCCUAUGGCUUAUCCACCAAAACCCGCUGUGCCGGCAACACCGACCACUGUACGGAGAAAGACUUCAAUAGUUGACUCGAUGUUGUCACCUCCAAUGAGUGCGGGACAUGUGAUGAAGAUGGAAACUCCAAGUUCUCCCAUGGAGGUGGAUGUUGUUCGCAAAACUUCCAUAAUCCAUGAAAGACCUGCGAGUCAUAACUCAUCGGCGUGUGUAAGCAAUCCAGCUACAAGUACAGCUUCCCCCCAACCCACAGCCACUUAUCAACCUAGGACCCAUCCGAAUAUCACAACAAGGAAAGCAUCGUUGAUGGCUGCUAAAAGCCAACUGAGAGCUCCAAGGUUCGGCGAAACCACUCAAUACACUCCUCCACCCAUACUUAGUCCUAUGAGGAACGGCUCGGGGCUUUUCUGGCAAAUAGCCAAGAGUUUAACACAAAAUCAGACAACGUCUACAUCAGCUUGUUCUGGAGGAAGUGAUUCAGAUUCAGCAGGAUUAUACAACACAAACGACGAUGUUGAAAUGAGUGAUUCACCAGGACUGAAAGUGGAGGAAGUUGGCAGUUCAACGACUGUGUCCCCGUCAGAAUCGAUUGUUUUCCCACCAUUCCACGAUCCUGUGAACGGUUUUGUGAAUCAACCACAUCGCAAAAAUGGUUUUUUUUAUAUGAACCAUCAGCCUUCCCUUGGGCCUUAUAUAGUUGGAGAGUUAGAAGGUCCUCGGAAAGCUUCCGUUACAUCCACAUCUUCUCACCCAUCAGAUGAAUUCUAUGUCAAGAGCUCAGAACCGUGUUCUCGCAAAGAGUCCACUAUUUCGAUUGGUUAUGAAGUUGAAGAAGAGGUCGAAGAUAAUUAUCCUCGAUACACGGAUGCAACAGCGCAUAUAAAUAAAGGACCAAACUAUCAAGCUAGAGUUUAUAAAUGGAGGGAACGAGAGAUUAGUAAAGCAGAGUUAGAUCAACUUCCCGACAGAGAUCAGCUUAUGUUCUCUCCGACCAUAUUAGAAGGAUUGGAUCCAGAGCAAAUUAAAGGCUUUGAGUUAUUAUCGUGUAGUCAAGCAGUGCCUUAUCCAGGCUGUAACUUAGAAUUAGCUCUUCAUCUGUUAAUGGAAAAUCGUGGAAAUAUAGAAGCUGCUACUGCUGAUCUCUUACGUUCGGAUACAUUGGAUUGGCAACAGUACCCUAUCAUCCUAUCUUCCUCGUAUCCUGAUUCUGCUUAUUGGACACCUGAAGAGAUCUCUUCUUUCCAAGAUGCCAUCUAUAAGACUGAAAAGGAUUUCCCUCAAGUGUCACAAGAAGUUGGAAGCAAGUCCAAUAUGGAAUGUGUAGAAUUCUACUAUACAUGGAAGAAAUGCUGUCCGGAUGAUUAUAGAAAGCUUCGGAACCUCCGUCGGAAGCGACAACUUCUGGAGUUAAAUCUCAAUCAGGUGGAGGAAGCUAUUCCGAUGAAGAAAUGCUCAUUGGAUGAGAAAUCAGAUGUCUCCGAGCAACAUCAAAGGGAAACAUCUACUGCUGCUCCGUAUCAAGCCCUUCAGGAUUACAUAGAAUCAAGUCGGCCACCAAGCUUCCCGUCAUUCCUUGGAAGCUCGCCAAUACAAGAUUCGACGUCACUGCCUUCGACUUCUAGUCAUAAUCAUAUGAAUGGAAACGUGUCUCAACCUAAGGAAACUUUUUCCCGUUCCUAUCAAAUGAAUGUACCGGUUAAGAUAGGUGCUGCUCCGAAAAAAGGUGCUCAGCCUAGCGCUGACGGCUUUUUCCAUUGUCGUCAAUGUGAUAAAUGCUUUGAGAAAGUCAAGUCUUUGAAUGCUCAUAUGAAAUCUCAUGCUAUGAAAGCCAGGGCGGAGGCAGAAGCUAAAGCUCAACAUGAAGCUCAGUUACAGCAUCAACAUGCUCCUAGCGGUGUACAGCCUCCUCCAAACACCGCUUUGUUCCCUAACGGUGUGAAUAUAGUACUACCAAACAGCCUCGGAUUAACGCACAUGUCUCCCUCACCGAACGGAGCUGUUGGAAGUUUACAGUCUUUCCAAUCAGUAUUAAAUCAGCAAGCUCUCGGAAGUAUAGUUCAUCCUCGACCUCAGCACCCUCUCUUACAGCCAACUCAUCUAAACACAGUAUUACCGUAG